AUGACUGAUGUUGAAACGACUGAUGUUGCAAAAAUUAUAAAAUUGAGGGGGCACACGAAAGCUUCCAUUACUAGAAUUCAGACAUUUGUCUCAAAAAAUAAAAAUGCAGUCAUAGAGUGUGGUCAAUACAUUGCACGAAAAAACGUAUUAAACGAAACUUAUCGCGAAUAUCUCGUCCUACAAAAGGAACUCGAAUUAGAAGAUUUCGAAAAAUACAAUUCAGAUAGGGAUGUAGUUGAAGAGCAGUAUUAUAAUUUAGAUUCAUAUUUGCACGAGAGAAUCACACAUUUAUCUGCGAAACCGUUUCAGACUCCACCCAUUGUAACUAAUGUAACACCGUCUGUCAGCACAAAUCAAAAUGUAAAGCUUCCGGAGCUAAGAAGCCCGUUUUUCUCCGGUGAAAUAUCCGAAUGGACCAGUUUCUUCGAGGUUUUCACAAAAUUAAUAACAGAUGAUAAACAACUAUCCAACGCGCAAAAACUUAUUUAUCUCAAAUCAGUGCUAAAAAAUGAACCGCUAAAAUUAAUUGACAAUCUUGAAAUAAUCGACUCCAAUUUUGAAAUCGCAGUAAAAAACUUCUGUGAUAGAUUCGAAAAUAAAUACUUAAUAGUAAAUAGCCAUUUGAAUAGCUUAUUAAGUGCUCCUCUCGUUACAAAACCAAAUACACACACUCUUAGGGAUUUUUUAACUCAAAUUAAAAGUCAUCUCGCUGCUUUAGCAAAUCUAGACGUCUCAAGUCAACUCGCUGACUUAAUCCUCAUUAAUCUCUUUACUCAAAAAUUAGACUAUAACACAAAAAGAUCAUUUGAAACCGAGCGUGAUAUCAAAAAACUCCCAAAAUUAACUGAGUUCCUCGAAUUUAUCGAAAGAAAAUGUAAAGUUCUCGAAAAUCCCGUUCCUGAGCGUCCUCACUCUCCUAAGCAAAAACAAUCCUCUCGAUUUACUUCCCUCAACACAGUUAGCAAUAAUAUGCAGUAUAGUAACAAUAAUCAGUACUUUAAAUGUUUUUUAUGUCAAAAUAACUCGCACAAGAUAUACACUUGUCAGGAAUUUUUAAAUAUGACUGAAGAUGAGCGUUAUCAAACAGUCAAGGUAAAGAAAGCGUGUCUCAACUGCUUGGCUAGUGGUCACUCGGUAAGUACAUGUACCUCUACGUCAAAUUGCGCUAAGUGUGGCAGAAGACAUCACUCAUUGAUCCACUUCUCUAACGUUUCUACUCGCAACUCAAAUAAUUCUCGUUUUAUCCCAAGAAAUAAUCAAGAAUCUCGUAGUCUAUCGAACAGAAACACUGAUUUUCAAAAUACUCGCCACUCUCAAGAUUCACAAGGAAAUCAUAGCUCUCAAAAUACUCGCCAGUCUCACAAUGUUCAUCCAAACUCUCGUACUCACGGUAAUGCAUCUCGUGAUCCCGAUACUCAAAUCGAAACUCCAAGCUCUUCUGCAAACUCACGAAAGGCAAAUAAAUCUGACUCUAAUGAUGUCUACCAAGCAUCAUCUCUCUCUACAUUCUCAGGCAAAAAGGAGGUUCUACUCCAAACAGCAUGUGUUACAAUUUAUGACUCUCAUAAUAAUCCUGUUAAGGUACGCUGCCUCACAGACUCAGCUAGCCAGCUGUCGUUUAUCACUGAAGAAUUAGCAAGUCGCUUGAAGUGUAUUCCUUACACAAAAAGUCUUCAAAUUUCUGGUAUAUCCGAAAUCUGUUCGACGUCGAAUAAAAUGGUGGAUUUAAAUAUUUUCUCAAACGUUAAUCCCACGAAACAAUUUACACUCUCCUGUGCCAUUCUCCCAACCAUCACGUGUAAGCAUCCUCAAAUGACAUUGGAUUUUAAUGCUCUCAAAAUUCCACCAAACAUUCAUCUAGCUGAUCCAGAAUUUUGUGCUCCUGCCGAAGUUCAAAUGCUGCUUGGAGCAGAUAUUUAUUUCGACUUACUCACUUAA